UGCGCCUCCGACAGGCGAUCCGCUGAGCCGUCGAUUCCCGAGGUCUCUUCUCUUCAGGAUGGCAAUAUAACACAAGGCGGAGAUAUUAGCAGCUGCGUAUAUGAGUCUGUUAUUACAUCCAAGUUUAGUUUCCAAUAGAGUUUCAACACUCUAGACAGCCAUAAUGAAUGUGAAGCGAUCGGAGAUGUGGAGCGCUGGUGUCCUGGUGCUGUUCACUGCGUGCGUUUGCGUGAGGGUGCCGGAGGAACCGGCGGACAGAGCGGAUCCGUCUGACGGCUACUGCAGCUGGAUAACGCGGGCUCAGCCGCACGCAGCUGCGGGCAGGAUAGAGAGCUACAGCGAGUUCAGACUUCGAGUGGAAGGAGACCCGGAGCACUAUCAGCCCGCCAGCACUUACCGAGUAACCCUGUAUGCGACCAACCCUGCGUACUUCAGAGGAUUUACUCUUAUUGUGCUCAAAGAAGGACACAAUGGUGACCAUGAGGAGGAUUAUGCUGGAAAUUUCCAGAUCAUCGAUGAGGAAGAUACACAGUUCAUGAUGAACUGUCCCCCUGCUGUAACAGAGAGCACCCCCCGCAGGAGGACCAGAAUACAGGUGUUCUGGACAGCACCCCCUCCAGGCAGCGGCUGUGUACUGCUGAAGGCUAGUAUUGUUCAGCGGAAGAUCAUCUCAUUCCAGGACGAGGGGUCUCUCACAAAGCGGAUGUGUGAGAAAGAGCCCCUGUUUGGAGAGACGACAGAUAAACCCCUUCUGGACUGCUGUGCAUGCGGAACGGCCAAAUACAGAGUCACCUUCUACGGGAACUGGUCAGAGAAACUGCACCCAAAAGAGUACCCACGGAGAGCCAAUCACUGGUCAGCUCUCAUUGGGGCGUCCCAUUCGAAGAACUAUGUGCUGUGGGAGUACGGAGGUUAUGCCAGUGAAGGGGUCAAACAGGUCGCUGAACUGGGCUCACCAGUCAAGAUGGAGGAGGAGAUUCGUCAGAAGGGUGACGAGGUUUUGACUGUCAUUAAGAUGAAGGCGCAGUGGCCAGCCUGGCAGCCUCUCAGUGUUCGAGCGGCACCCUCAGCCGAGUUCUCAGUGGACCGCACACGUCACCUGAUGUCCUUUCUGACCAUGAUGGGUCCCUCUCCAGACUGGAACGUGGGUCUGUCGUCAGAGGACCUCUGCAACAGAGAGUGUGGCUGGGUCCAGAAGGUGGUCCAGGAUCUCAUCCCAUGGGACGUGGGGACGGACAGCGGGGUCACUUACGAGUCUCCCAACAUGCCAACAGCUCCUCAGGAGAAAAUACGACCCCUCACAAGUUUAGAUAAUCCACAAAGCCCCUUCUAUGACCCAGAGGGAGGCGCGAUCACUCCUGUCGCCAGAGUUGUCGUGGAAAGAAUUGCUCGCAAGGGUGAGCAGUGCAACGUUGUUCCUGAUAAUGUGGACGACAUUGUGGCUGACAUUGCCCAGGAGGAGAAAGACGAAGAUGACACGCCAGAGACCUGCAUCUACUCAAACUGGUCUCCUUGGUCAGCGUGCAGUUCGUCCACGUGUGAGAAAGGGAAGCGGAUGAGGCAGAGGAUGCUGAAGGCGCAGCUGGAUCUGAGCGUUCCUUGUCCACACACACAGGAUUUUGAGCCGUGCAUGGGACCUGGAUGUAGUGAUGAGGAUGCUUCCGCAUGCAUGAUGUCAGAAUGGAUCACGUGGUCGCCUUGCAGCGUGUCAUGUGGAUCAGGUGUGCGUUCAAGGAAGCGCUAUGUAAAACAGUUUCCAGAUGAUGGCUUUGCUUGCACACACGCCACUGAAGAGACGGAGCCCUGCACUGUCAAUGAGGACUGCUCUCCUAGCAGUUGCCUGGUUACUGAAUGGGGUGAAUGGGAUGCCUGCAGCGCCACCUGUGGGCUUGGCAUGAAACGCCGGGAGCGCAUGGUGAAAAUGCCCCCAUCUGAUGGCUCUAUUUGUGGGACUCAGGUGGUGGAGGUGGAGAAGUGUAUGAUGCCAGAAUGCCAUACAAUCCCGUGUUUACUGUCUCCGUGGUCAGACUGGAGCGACUGCAGUGUAACGUGUGGUAAAGGCUCUCGGACACGUCAGCGCAUGCUCAAAUCACCUGUAGAGCUGGGAGAAUGCAGCGAGGAACUGGACCAGUUGGAGAAAUGCAUGCUGCCAGAGUGCCCGACGGACUGUAUGAUGUCAGAUUGGUCCGAGUGGUCAGAGUGUAAUAAGUCCUGUGGUAAGGGUCACAUGAUCCGCACACGCAUCAAAACCCUGGAGCCUCAGUUCGGAGGAGAGCCGUGCCCCGAGAAUGCACAGAGAAAGAGAUGCAAGAUCAUGAAGUGUAACCAAAGUGCCAAAAGUGACGAGCGGAAAAGACGCAAAGAAGAUCGCAAGAAGAGGAGGAACAAACAGGGGAGGGAGGAGACCACUGAUGAGCUCGCAGGAUGCAGAAUGAGGCCUUGGUCUGGAUGGACUGACUGCACUAAGCUAUGUGGUGGUGGAAUUCAGGAAAGGAUGAUGACAGCCAACAAGAGAUUCAAGAUCACCCAACUGACUGGCUGCAAGGAACGCAAAGAGAUUCGGGCCUGCAAUGUUCAUCCCUGCUAGAGCUGCUCUGACCUGGCGCAUGGGGACUGAUACAGAUUGUGACAAACUUGCAGUAAUUGAAUGCACUAUAGUUGGUGUUGGCAAGCUGCAACAGCCAGUCUGUUAUUUUAAUUUUCUAGAAUUUGUAGUGACCCAGGCCCUGACUAGCCUGUAAACAAAACAUGAAACCAAGAGGGAGUUGCAAUGUACUGUACCAAUUCUUCCAGGAGCUUUUCAAGAACAGUUCUUUGAACAUUGAUUUUCACAAUGAGCAUCAAGGCAUAUUAAAGAUUAAUGUGCUUGUAAAUUAAAAGCAAAUAAAAAUUUGCCUUUUAAACUCUGUGAUCCAAACACGCACAUACACCCAACCUACAAAAAUCGAGAGCUCGUGGCAAAUUUUCACAAACUUGCCGCACAUUCACCACUGAGUAUUUUACAUGCACAUGAGCUUUGCAGGAAACUUGGCAACAUAGGGCUGAUACAGGUUCACCACAACAUUGGCAGCAAAUCACAAGCUCAUUUGCAUGUGAAAAUAAUGAGUGGCAAAUUUGCAGCAAGUUUACGGAUAGUUUGCCAGAACUCUAGAUUUUUGUAAGGGCACUCAAACAUACAAAGAAAGUAACAUUCCUCCAACAGAAAUUAUAUUUUUUGUAAUGAGUUCUGAAAUCACAUUGGUCACUCAUAAACAAAUGUCAGAUGUGAAAAACUACACAACGUGUUCUAACUAGGUGAGACGCUCUACAAGCCAUCUCUUUCAAGUAAAUGGAGUUUAACGAGAUGCAAGAGUGACAGGACAUUUUGUCGGCUGCUUGGUUUCUAUUUCUGUGACGUGACACUGUAGCCCCUCCCACUCCAAUAGACUCACUGGUCAAAAAUACACAUAGCUGUAUAUUAAACAUCAAAUAUGUUCUAAUUGACUGUACUUUUGUGGUGGUUUGUUUUCUGUGUGGACAGACAAAUUACUUGCUAGGACUCAUUUUAAGAUUAUCUGAAAUCAAAGUGAGGAGAAGAGCUACAUUUUGGUGCAUAGAAACAAUUAAUUCAAGCAAUGUACAAUGUUUAAUUGACCAUAAAUGUCAAGAUGUUUUUUACAUUUUAUUUUAAUUUGAAUGUUAAAUCUUGCACAAAUUGUUUACUUGCACCUAAACACUUCUCUUCUGUUAGUUCCGAUAUCUUCAAGAACUGUUUUAUUUAAAUCCAUAAACAUAUCUUAAAUAGACUUCCGCCCUGGUUCCGGAAUAAUUUUUCCCAUUCAUGUUUUCUAUAGGGUUUUCAUAAAAGUCUUAAGCCAUGAACCAAGCCAACCAGCUUCUAAGCCAUGAACCAACCAUUUACUUCCAGAACCAGACUGUUGUACUCUAUAUGUAUAGGCUACUAUACAAUGGCCCCAAAAAGAAAGUAGACACUUUCGCCACACGUAAAAUUAAUGACUUUCUUUGCAUUAGAUUAUAAAAUAUCAAACCAAGUGGUAUCUGCAAACAAAAUUAUGCUUCACAUUCUCUGAAACAAACCUCACUUCCCAUUCAAUAAGGUAGCUUCAACUCCUCAUCAGAAGCUUUGACUUUGAAGCCCUUUACCAUUUCGCCAAUUUGUUAGCUGGUGACACGUCCUGCAUUUGGGACCUAGAAAGAUGCACAAACAUUGUGGCACAUAAAUUGCUUGUAAAUGCUAGCCAUCCUCUUGACUCUUAAUGCCUUUUGAUAAGACAGACUGAUGUCUUAAGUCCUGAUCCAUUCAGACAGCACAGUCAUUUUGGUGUAAUUGAAUCGCCAAGGAGGUGUGCAGUCGAGCCCAUUGCUGAAGCUGGCAAACUGAAUUUUUCUUUGGAGAAGGGGACAAUGAGACUCCACCCCAAGUCAGUUCAGAGAAUUUGGGAGGUAUUUGGGGUAGCCAAGGUGGACGUGUUUGCCCCACGGAGACCAUACAUUGUACUUCUGGUACUCCAUGAUAGUGCAAGCUCCUCUAGGCUUGGAUGCCUUAGCUACAUCAAGUAAUGUGCAAGAAACAUGAUGCCAAGGAAGCAGUGUUACUAGUUGUGCUGAAAUGGCCCAACAGCCACUAGGUUCCCAGAUAUAGUAGAGCAGCAAGAUGUUUCCCCAUUUGAAAUUCCUUUUGAGAACAUAUCUGAUCUUGCAGAAUGAGGACACAAACUGGCAUCCUAGGCCAGAGCUAUGGAGACUGCUUGUCCAACCUCUAAAUGGGGCUUGUUUAACACAAUAGGGCUGUCGCAACAUGUGUUAAACACCAUACUGCAGGCCAGGGCCCUCUCAACGAGGCAGCUGUAUGCUUUAAAGUGGUUGACUCUUUGCUGAGGGUUCACUUUCUGGAGUGAGGACCCAAAGCAUUGCCUUGCGCAGACAAUACUCUAAUUUCUACAACAGCGUUUGGAUUCACCAUUGGUUUAUUGUUCCCACUUUCCUUCCUAAUUCUCAGUAUGAGGGGGUGGCUAAAUAAAUGCUUUUGACUACACUGUAAAUGCUAGUAAGCAUUUCACAUCAGGUUAUUUCACAUUAUGGUAUGUGGCUCCCAUAGCAUAAGCUUGUGAUGCAGUCAAGUUACUGUUUUAAAAAGGAAUGUAUCAGUUACUCACAUAACCUUAAAUGUAGGGAACAAGAUGCUGCUUUUCAAUGUUUUGGGAUUAGAAAUCCGUUCAUUUUCCCUUCAUUUGGAAAAUCCUGAUGGUGUAGCGCUGGGCUUCGUCUUAUAUGCCCAUGAUGACAUCAGCAUAGACGAAGUGCCAAGUGUUACAAGCUAAUCAAAUUGCCUUGAUGGUAUAGGGUUUCAAAGUCAAUGCCCUCAUUCCCUCCUUUCAGAGAAGUAAGGUUUUUUGAGUAUCCGAAAAGUUUUCUGAGCCAUUUUUGCAGUUAAUCAACUGGUGUCAAUGUGAUUUUAAAGGAGACCUAUUAUGCCCCUUUUUACAAGAUGUAAUAAAGUCUCAGCUGUCCCCAGAAUGUGUCUGUGAAGUUUCAGCUCCAAAUACCCCACGGAUCAUUUAUUAUACCAUGCAAUAAAUGCCUCUUUUUGGGUGGAAUCAAAAACAUGUUGAUUUUGUGUGUGUCUCUUUAAAUGCAAAUGAGCUGCUGCUCCCCGCCCCCUUUUCCGGAAGAGGGCUAUGUCUUAACAGCUCGUGCUGCGGUUACUACAGCAACAACAAAUCAGAAACAAUAUGACUGACAGCGUAAAUACCGGAGUUCAGACAGGGCUGGACUGGGAAGAGAAAUCGGCCUGAGAUUUUACAUAGCAACUGACACAAAAGUUGAGCGGGGGGGGGGUGUUCUCUGUCCUUUUCUACAUAUCGCGGCGCCAUUUUGUGGUCCGUUCUGCAUAAAGUGGUGGCUCAUUUUAACUUAUCGAGGCCCAUUCGGCCUGUUUCUGAUUGGCCCCAAAGUGUGCCAGCCCACUGGGAAAAUGCCCGGUAUGCCAGAUUAUCAGUCCAGCCCUGAGUUCAGCCAUAUAUGUAGGAAUAUGGUCUCCGUGAAUACAAUCAGAGACAAUGGUAACUUUAGCUGCAUUAGCCGUGGAAUCAGCUAACAAGCACAUUUAAAAAGGUGAUUUGCAAACAUUCACAAAAUAUAAAAUAAUACUGAAACACAGUUGGUACUGAUCCAUGCUUGAGAAUCCAUUUUUUUGAAAUUCCUGCUUUAUAUUGACACUCAUUCACAAAGCAGUCCAGUGUAAAAUGAUUUGCACAAACAUACACAAAUUUUUGGAUGUUUUGGGGCGUAUUUCCUUCAAAAGCAAAACUUGUCCACUGCGUCUUCAGUGGCUGUGAUGCAGGAGUACAUGAAGUUCCCCUUCUGUCAUUCACUCGAAGUUGUGUUGAUUGCAAUGACACAAGGGGCUUCUUUCGGGUGCCUCGGAUACCAGUGAAUAUGAAGAAGGCCAAUGCCAAAUUGGCGAACAGAAUUUGCAUGUCCCGCCCCCAACAACAGAACACUUAUGACACUUAUGAAGUUGAGACAUUAUUAUUCUCACUGUAUCUGCUCCAGCAUGGAAAAAAAUGCUGGACUGAGUGUAGAUCACUUAGGGGAGGAGGGUGGAGUCCGUCACCAGUCGUGGGCGUGGCCUGCUGUAAAGUGACGUUACUUUAGAGCAGAAACGAAAACCAUUCAUUUUGACACACUGUUUUUGAUUUAAUAGAAAUAUAAGAAAGAGGAGUGGGUGGACUUUUAACAUUGUAGGAUGGUUGUGUACAUACUGCUGACUCACAUUUAUGUACAAACACCAUUUAAAAGUGAAUUUAGCAUAAUAGGUCCCUUUUAAGUGGAUGAAUGAAGUCAGCUCUCCCCAAAUUCACAUAGAUAUUCUAGCCAAGCUUCCACAGGAGGAGUUCAUAACGUUAACUAUGUGCAUGUUCCACUAAAGUCUGACAACCACAACAUGUCACGAUACAAUACUUUUUUUUGCUUGAAAAGAGUGCAUGCAUGAACUUUCUUGAAAAUAAUUGCCACUUGCUCAUAGAUAUUGUUAUCUAAUGGAAUGGCAUUCAGAUAUUUUUAAAUGAUCCUUAAAGGAAUACAGUAGUUCUACCAAAAAUCUAUAUAUUCUCAUCAUUUACUCACCCUCAUGCCAUCCCAGAUGUGUAUGACUGCCUUUCUUCUGCUGAACACAAACUAAGAUUUAAUAAACAGUACUGUAUAUAUAAUAUAUCCCCCCUUAUAUGCACAAAGAAUGCAAAUAACCAAGAAUAAUGUGAAUUGAAUGUAAAUUUGGAUAUUUAUUGUAAAAAAAAAAAAAAAAAAAAGACAAUUUUUCUAAAAAUCUUUGUUUGUGUUCAGCAGAAGAAAAAUAAGUCAUACAUAUCUGGAUUGGCAUGAGUGUGAGUAAAUUAUGAGAUCAUUUUCAUUUUUGGGUGAUCUAUUCCUUUAAGUGUCCAAAAACAUUUUGUGGUCACUGUAGCACUAACUACACUACCGGUCAAUAGUUUUGAAACUCUUACUCGUUCUUUUACAAAAUUGUAUAAUACAUUUUUAGAAUAAUAGUGAAGUCAUUAAAACUAUGGAAUAACAUAAAUGGAACUAUGGGAAUUUUGUUGUGACUAAACAAAAUCCAAAAUAUAUCAAAACUGCGUUAUAUCUUCAAAGUAGUCCCCCUUUGCCAAGAAUUUACAGACAUGUACUCUUGACAUUUUCUCAACCAACUUCUUGGGGUAUCACACUGGGAUGAUAUUUAAACAGUAUUGAAGGAGUUCCCAUCUAUGUUGGGCACUUAUUGGCUGCUUAACUUUAUUAUUUGUUCCAAGUCAUCAAUUUCAAAAACUUUUUUUUUUAUAAAUACAAUUUUAGUUUCAUAAUGAAAUAAAUUAAUAUGUUGGCACAAUUCUAUUUUUGACAACAAAGCAAAUUUCAAACAUAUAAGUACACGCCUUCGGAUCAAAAGAUUUUUAAGAUCAUGAGAAACAUUUCAGUCAAAACUUCUGACCGGUAGUAUGUCUUUAAAGUUAAAAAAUAAAAAUUUAGAAAAUACAAGCAGGGAUAAUAACUUUAAAAAAAAAAAUACAUAUGAUUAAAUAAAGUUGUUGAAAUCCGACUUUUGGUUUUCAUGGUUGAAAUCUCUUUGGGCACUAACAUUUGUUUUUCUUUAAGAGAAAGGAACAUAAAGCAAGAUUUGUGCUCCCCAUUCAAAGCCUGUGGUAUGCACAAUUUACAUGCAGUUAAAUAGACUUAGAUUAGGCAACAAAUCCAGGCCCCAGUCAUUGAUGAUGUUAAUCAUUUGCUAUAAAGAUACUGUACAAUGCUCACUCCUUUUGUAAAUCGAUCCUAAGGGAUGGUAAUACGUUUGAUUUGAACAUGUUCUUUGCCCAGUAGUGUUGCUAUGUAUGCAAACCAAAUCUACUUUGAAUUACUUUUGCAAGAUUAUUGUAAACUUGUUGAUGACUUGUAAUAAUAAUGGCCAAAAGCCAAUUCAAGUAAUUAAUGGAACAGUUGUCUCCUGUGAUGAUUUUUUAUGAUUUUUCUGUGUUUUAUUCCUGAACUAAAAGCACAUAUAACCAGUCAUUCCAGGAUUUUCUAUGUGUCAUAUUUAAAACAAAUGCUAGCUACCACCCACAAAUCUAUUAUGACUUUGUACCCCAAUGUAACACAUGUAGUUGCUAUUCAACUAUAUUUGUAAUUCAGUUCAUUUUCAAUUGUUUUUGUUUUAUCACCCUUGCGAUUAUGGAUAAGAACUUAUUCUUACCAAAGUCUUGUGUAGAUGUUUUGUAGACUUGUUGCUCCUCUGACAUAUUUUUGGAAUAUUUCACCUUUAGAAUAAAAGGAAAUGUGAC